AUGACAGACAGUGAAAGGUUUACGAACGGCAGAUCACGGAUGGCGGACAGUGAAAGGUUUACGAACGGCAGAUCACGAAUGGCGGACAGUGAAAGGUUUACGAACGGCAGAUCACGGGUGGCGGACAGUGAAAGGUUUACGAUCGGCAGAUCACGGAUGCCGGACAGUGAAAGGUUUACGAACGGCAGAUCACGGAUGGCGGACAGUGAAAGGUUUACGAACGGCAGAUCACGAAUGGCGGACAGUGAAAGGUUUACGAACGGCAGAUCACGGGUGGCGGACAGUGAAAGGUUUACGAACGGCAGAUCACGAAUGCCGGACAGUGAAAGGUUUACGAACGGCAGAUCACGGAUGGCGGACAGUGAAAGAUUUACGAACGGCAGAUCACGAAUGGCGGACAGUGAAAGGUUUACGAACGGCAGAUCACGGAUGCCGGACAGUGAAAGGUUUACGAACGGCAGAUCACGGGUGGCGGACAGUGAAAGGUUUACGAACGGCAGAUCACGGAUGCCGGACAGUGAAAGGUUUACGAACGGCAGAUCACGAAUGGCGGACAGUGAAAGGUUUACGAUCGGCAGAUCACGGAUGGCGGACAGUGAAAGGUUUACGAACGGCAGAUCACGGAUGGCGGACAGUGAAAGGUUUACGAACGGCAGAUCACGAAUGGCGGACAGUGAAAGGUUUACGAACGGCAGAUCACGCAUAGCGGACAGUGAAAGGUCUACGAACGGCAGAUCACGAAUGGCGGACAGUGAAAGGUUUACGAACGGCAGAUCACGAAUGGCGGACAGUGAAAGGUUUACGAACGGCAGAUCACGCAUGACAGUACAGUGA